GGACAGCUAGAGUUCUGUUGGUCUACAGCUUCAAGCAGUUGUAUUAAGCAAUGGAUGACGGGACAUCUCAGUAUUACUUCACAGCCUCUAUGGACUCUGGAAAGAUUUUAUGUAGUUUACUUAAAGCUAUUCAAUUUCAAGAAUCAGCAGUGUUUUGCGCUAUGCCGGAAGGGCUGAAGGUGACGGUGGAGGAAGGCAAGUGUGUGCAGGCAUCAGCCUACGUGCCUUCUGACAACUUCAAUGAGUACCAUGUCCGUGCCGAUGCUGAUGUCAUGUUUAAAGUGAGCCUAGCAGUGCUGACAGAAUGCCUCAAUAUAUUUGGAUCUGGUGAUGAGUCCAGCUUGAAAAUGUACUACAGAUGUGAAGGAUCCCCUCUUUUAUUAGUCCUGCAACCACAGACAGUCCAGAACGUGAUGACGGACUGCGAGAUCGCGACGCAGACCGCGGACUCGGUGCUGGAGCUCCGAGACGAAGACACGACCGAGGUGGCCAAGCUGGUGCUGCGCGCGCCGGCGUUCCUCGGCCUGCUGGCGGACCUGGAGCGCUCGUGUGACGUCAUCGAGCUGCACCUGUCUCCCGACCAUCCUCAUGUCAGCAUCGUCACUUAUGGAAUGCAGGACAGGUCGUGCAUCGACGUGCCCAAGUCCUCCGACAUGGUGCAGAGCUUCAGCUGCGAGCGCGCGGUGUCGCUGCGCUACCAGCUGCCGCACAUACGGCUCAUCAUGAAGGCGCUCGCCAUCUCCUCCAAGGUGGUGCUGCGCUGCAGCUCCAACGGGCUGCUGCUGUUACAACUGAAGCUGGAGAAGGAGGACCAGCGGCAGAUGUUCUCCGAGUUCUACAUCGUGCCUUUGUUGGAUGACUAAAGUCUGUUUUUUGAUCUCAGACUAUAUUGACAUAUUCUGAACGGUUCAUCAACAGUCGAUUGUUAUUGUAUUGGUGUCUAGCCUGAAAUAAAUGACAAUUUAUUUUAUUUAUUUAUUAUUUAUUAAGUGACGUAUUAUUGGCGGGACAAUCGACUGUUGAUGAACCGUUCAGAAUCUGAAAAUUUAGUAUCUCAGAUUAAAAAACAGACUUGAGAUUCAUGUAAUAGGCAUGGUGGGCCCUAUAGGUACUACAAGAUAAAAAAAAAAAGUCAACAUCGUCCACAUUGCAAAAUAUCUAUAUUUCAUUGUUUCGUAAUGAAGGUACACAGAUGUACAUACACAAGGAAUGUGUCAUCGAAUGUUAGCCUAAGUAGGUACUUGUACAAAAUUGAUAUCAUAAGUAUACAUUGGUAUUAUCUGUGCGUCCAGUAAUGGUACAGUUCAAUUCACGUAAGUUGACCAAACUCAGGGCUUCAUCUUGUAUAGAUGAACGAUUCUCAUGAAAUGAGUGUAGUCCGGGGAGAGUGGCCGCCGAUCCGCCCGCAAAUUCGCAAGUUCCUUCGUGCAACUUGGCAUUAGUUAAAACUUUAGAACUAGAUUGGUAACGCCAUCUAUCGGUCACUAGUUACCAACAUUUCUCACAAGAUUCACAAGCGAUCGGCUUGCCACACCCCUCGACUACAAGGGGACCUAAAAAUACUUUCUGCAGUGGUCAAGUUACGUUGAUAGAACUGUAGGGACGGGGCGUGUAGUUGGAUCGUAUUCCUAUUAGUCAUUGUUACGAAGUCACCCGUUUAUAAUGGACCAUAUUUUAAUAGUUAACUAGUUGUGUUGUUAAUGUGUAAGUACUUAUGUAUAUUAUAGGAUAGGAGUUGUCACUCGACCCGACUAAACACUCUUGGUGCCCCCUUUAAAAGGAGGUUUUCGUUAACAUUAAUUGUGGGAAGGUAUGUAGGUACAUAAGCAAUACGAUAGUAGCGUCUUUCUAGGGACAUCCGGGGACGUAUUUGGCUAAUUUCUGUUUUACACUUUACAUAAUUAUACUUAACUAAUUUUAAGCAUAAAGCUGUGAUGAUUGUUCUUUGUUUCCAUAAACAAUUCUUAACUAAUAAAUUAUUAAAAUUA